AUGGCACCAAACGGCAACAGCAACACAUCGGCGGCCUCUUCGGCCAGCCCCAGCAGCACUGAGAACAAGAACAUGCAGUGGCAGAUGGACGAGGAGAUCGUCAUCUCGGGCAUCUCCGGCCGUUUCCCCGAGGCGGACAACAUCGACGAGCUGAAGACGAACCUGUACGAGCACGUGGACAUGAUCACCGCCGACGAGCGCAGAUGGCCGCAGGGCCUCUACGGACUGCCCUCCAGAACGGGCAAGAUCAAGGAUCUGAGCCUCUUUGAUGCUCAGUUCUUCGGCGUGCACGGCAAACAGGCGAACAACAUGGACCCUCAGGCGCGACUGCUGCUCGAGCUGACGCACGAAGCCAUCGUCGAUGCAGGCAUCAACCCACAGACGCUGCGCGGCACCAAGACCGGCGUCUACAUCGGCGCCUGCGUCUCCGAGGUGGAGGAGGGCCUGGUGAUGGACAUCAGCAAGGUGUCCGGGUACGCCCUGACCGGCUGCUCGCGCUCCAUGUUCGCCAACCGCGUCUCCUACACCUUCGACCUGCAGGGCCCCUCCUACUCCAUCGACACCGCAUGCUCCUCCAGCUUCCUCGCCCUGCAGCAGGCCAUCCUCGGCAUGCGCACCAACCAGUGCGACCAGGCGAUCGUCGGCGGCGUCAACGUCUGCCUCCGCCCGGCCACCUCGCUGCAGUUCCAGAAGCUGAGCAUGCUCGCCGUGGACGGCGCCUGCAAGCACCUCGACGCCGACGGCAACGGCUACGUCCGCUCGGAGACCUGCUCGGUGGUCUUCCUGCAGAAGCGCGCCGACGCGAAGCGCAUCUACGCCACCGUCAUCCACGCAAAGACCAACACCGACGGGAACAAGGAGGAGGGCAUCACCUUCCCCUCCUCGGACUCGCAGCGCAACCUCAUGGCGGAGACGGUCGCAGAGGCGGGCAUCAACCCACUGGACGUGGAGUACGUCGAGGCGCACGGCACCGGCACGCCGGCGGGCGACCCCGUCGAGACGCGCGCCAUUGCCGGCGUCUUCUGCGCCGGCCGAAAAGAGCCCCUGCUGAUCGGCAGUGUCAAGAGCAACCUCGGCCACGCCGAACCGGCCAGCGGCCUGAACUCGCUGGCGAAGAUUGUCCUUGCCUUCCAGAAUAAGCUCAUCCCCGCUAAUCUGCACUACAAGACGCCCAGUCCGAAGAUCCCCGAGCUGAUCAGCGGCCAGGUGAAGCCAGUGGUGGAGAACACGCCUUUUAAGGACGGCAUCGUCGCCGUCAACUCCUUCGGCUUUGGCGGCGUCAACGUGCACGUCCUCCUGAAGCCCUUCGUGAAGGAGCUGGCCGAGACUGACAAAAGCAUCGUCUCUGGCGGUGUGCCGCGGGUCAUUCCGGUGGCCGGCCGCACUGAGGAGGCGGUCAACUUCAUCUUCGACUUCAUCGAGAAGAACCCGGAGAAGGUGAACCGCGAGUUCCUCGCCCUGCUGCAGGACGUGUCGCAGACCUACGAGAACAGCGGCCUCAACUACCGCGGCUACAUGCUGGCGGACAAACACCCCGACGGAGAGACCUCUUUCCCAAGAGAGGUGGCCCGCGUCUCUGAGCGCCGCCCCCUCUGGUUCGUCUACUCGGGCAUGGGCAGCCAGUGGACCUCCAUGGCGAAGGGCCUGAUGACGGUGGAGAGCUUCCGCGCGUCGAUCGAGAAGUCCGCGGCCAUCCUCCGUCCCUACGGCGUCGACCUGAUCAACCUGCUGACCAGCGAGGACGAGGCGGUGCUGGAGACCACGGUGGCGCCCUUCGUCGCCAUCGCCUCCGUCCAGAUCGCCCUCACCGAUGUGCUGCGUUCACUGGGCGUCGAGCCGGACGGCAUCGUCGGCCACUCGGUGGGCGAGCUCGGCUGUGCCUACGGCGACGGCGUCUUCAACCACGAGCAAAUGCUGCUGGCCGCCUACUGGCGAGGAAAGUGCGUCGAGGAGGCCCAUCUGCCGAAGGGUCUCAUGGCCGCCGUCGGCCUGAGCUGGGAGGAGGCGAAGGCGCGAGCGCCGGAAGGGGUCGUCGCCGCCUGCCACAACUCCGUCGACUCGGUGACCAUCAGCGGCGCCUUCGACGUCACGCAGAAGUUCGUCGAGCAGCUCAAGGCGGAGAACGUCUUUGCGCGCGAGGUGAAGAGCUGCGGCGUCGCUUUCCACAGCUACUACAUGGAGGCAAUUGCCCCUACGCUGCUCGCCAAGCUGAAGACGGUCAUUCCGACGCCGGCUCUGCGCUCUCCUCGCUGGGUGAGCUCCUCCUUCCCGGAGGCUCGCUGGGGCGAGGACGUGGCCCGCUACUCUGCCCCGCAGUACUACGUGAACAACCUCACCUCGCAGGUGCUCUUCCACGAGGCCAUCCAGCACGUGCCGAAGAACGCCAUCAUCGUGGAGAUUGCGCCCCAUUGUCUGCUGCAGCCCAUCGUCAAGCGCACCCUCGGCGCCGACAUCUCCUACGUGACGCUGAUGAAGCGCAACAACAACGAGGGCAACCUCAACAUGCUCUUCGCCGCCCUGGGCAAGCUCUACAACCUCGGCGUCAACCCCGACCUCAGCAAGCUCUACCCGGCGGUCAGCUACCCCGUCUCUCGCUCCAUUCAGCCGCUCAGCUCGCUCGUCCGCUGGGACCACUCGCAGAACUGGCUGGUCACCCUCUACCCGGAGUUCUUCAACCCGAACAGCGUCUCCGACUACACCGUGAAGAUCGAUCUAUCGGAGAAGGAGUCGGAGUUCUUUGCCGGCCACUGCAUCGACGGCCGAGUGCUCUUCCCCGCCACCGGGUACCUCCACCUCGCCUGGCAAAUGCUCGCCAAGAUGAAGGGUCAGUUUUGCGAGAACUGCCCCGUCGAGUUUGAGAACGUCACCCUCCACCGGGCGACCAUCCUCCCGCGAGACGCCGUGGUGAAGUUCGAGGUGCGCAUGAUGGACAUCAACGGCGAGUUCACCAUCAGCGAGGGCGGCACUGUGGUGGUCACCGGACGCAUCUUCGUCCCCGAGAAGAGCCCCCUCACCCUGCAGCACAUCCUCACCGACGGCUCGGUGGCCCCUGAGAAGAGCGCCAUCACCAUGAAGCCGAAGGACAUCUACAAGGAGCUGCGCCUGCGAGGCUACGACUACAGCGGCCAUUUCCAGGGCAUCGCCGAGGCGACCUCCGACUCGAAGGUGGGCAAGCUGCUCUUCCACAACUGGGUCGUCCUCGCCGACACCAUGCUGCAGAUUGGCAUCCUCGGCAAGUCCACCCGCGGCCUCUACCUGCCGGUGCGCUUCCAGUCGGUUCGCUGCGACCCGAAUGUCCUCUUCAAGGCAGUGGAAGCGGCCGCCGCCGGUGGUGGUGACGCGGAGAAGUCGCUGCUCGACGUGGUCACCGACCCGCGCAUCAACGCCACCGUCGUGCCCGGCCUGGAGAUCCAGGGGCUGAAGGUGAACCUUGCCCCGCGACGACAGGGCGCCCAGAUUCCCGCCCUGGAGAAGUACGUCUUCAGUCCGUACCAGGACGCCGAGGGGGUGCUCACGCCUAAGCUGGCAAAGCAGGUGUGCGAGUACGUCGAAGUGACCACCGCCCUUGCCCACAAGGUGGCCGUCCUCUCUGGCGCCGCUGAUCUGAAGAGCCUCUUCAAGACGGCACCACCGACGCCCAGUGACGCCCUCCUGGCGCAGUACCUGGACUCGAAUGAACAGCAGCACCAGUUGGUGCGCCUCCUCAAGGAGAUGAUUGCCGCCCGAGGAAAACAGCUGUCGGCGGUGCUGGCCAAGAACGGCGACGCCCUCAACGAGGACCUCCUCUCCAGCGUGCACGAGUGGCAGUACCUGCUGCGCAACGCCCUCGACGUUGUCAUCGAGAACCUGCCCAGCUCCAAGCUGACCCUGGUGGAGGUCAACCCGACCGGUCGUGUGCUGGCCGACAAGCUGAAGGAGUAUGUCGACUCCUCUGGCUACUCUAUCAACCUCGCCUACACUCUGCUCAACGACACCGUCGAGGCGGUCAACAACGGCGGCACUGUGGUCCGCUGGGAGGCGGCCAAGGAGGGGGGCAAGCUGCCCCUCGGCGAGAACACCGCCGACCUGCUGGUGCUCAAGGACAGCGCCGUCUUCAAGGUGGCGGAGAACGUGGUGACCGACUACACUGCACUGUUGCAGUCGGCGAAGGGAGCACUGAAGAACGGCGGCUUCCUUGCGGCCAUCUUCCGCACGGCCACGCCCGCCGAGAAGCUGCUGCACUCCGUUGCCGGCGUCAAGCUGAACGAGGCCGCCCUGAAGGAGUUCAAGGAGAAGGCGGCCAAGACCGGCGCCCUCCGCCUGGUCUCGGAGCGCACCGAUCAGUUGAACACCACCACGGUGAUGCUCUUCCGCAAGUUUGAGACCACCCCGGUGGCCGCCGCUCAGUCGGUCAUCUCGGUGACCAACACCAACUACUCGAAGUGGGUGGAGCUGCUCAAGGAGAAGCUGGUGGAGCACUCGAAGCGACCGGUGGGCGAGAACCUGUGGCUGGUGGCCACUGACCACCCUGCCAACGGCGUCGUCGGUCUGGUGAAGUGCCUUCGCCAGGAGGCAGGCGGCGACCGCGUUCGUGCCGUCCUCAACAGCUCCUCUGACAGCGCCUCCUCCCUGCCGACUCCAUUCAGCUUUGAGGAGCCCAUCUACAAGCAGAUGCUCGCCGCCGACCUGACGCUGAACGUUUUACGUAACGGCCAGCUGGGCUCAUUCCGCCACUACGACAUCGACGAGCAGAACCAGGUGGAGACGGAGCACGCCUACCUCAACGUGGCCACCCGAGGCGACCUGACCUCGCUGCGGUGGUACGAGUCGCAGCACAAGUACUGGACCGAGCUGCCCAAACACCAGAAGAACCCCGAGGAAGUGCUCGCCACGGUGUACUACGCACCGCUCAACUUCCGCGACAUCAUGCUGGCCACCGGAAAGCUGCCCCCGGACGCACUGCCCGGCGACCUCGCCCUCCAGGACUGCAUUCUCGGCCUGGAGUUCGCCGGCCGACACCCGAACGGCCAGCGAGUGAUGGGCAUGGUGGCGGCAAAGGGCCUCGCCACGACCGUCCUCGUCGACGACCCCGAGUUCCUCUGGCCGAUUCCGGAGGCGUGGAGCAUGGAGGAGGCCUCCACCGUGCCCGUCUGCUACUCCACCGCCUACUACGCGCUGGUGGUGCGCGGCGAGCUGGAGAAGGGCGAGUCGGUGCUGAUUCACUCGGGCAGCGGCGGCGUCGGCCAGGCGGCCAUCAGCAUCGCCCUCAGCAUGGGCUGCACCGUCUUCACCACAGUGGGCAGCGAGGAGAAGAAGGCCUACCUGAAGAAGGCCUUCCCCGCUCUCACCGACCGCAACUUCGCCAACUCCCGCGACACCAGCUUCGAGCAGCACGUCCUCCGACAGACCAACGGCCGCGGCGUGGACGUCAUCCUCAACUCGCUCAGCGAGGAGAAGUUGCAGGCGAGUGUGCGCUGUCUGGCGCAGCACGGCCGCUUCCUCGAGAUCGGCAAGUACGACCUGUCGCAGAACAACCCGCUCGGCAUGGCCGCUUUCCUCAAGAACAUCGCCUUCCACGGCAUCCUCCUUGACGCCCUCUUCGGCCCGGCGGUGAACUCCUCAAACAUUGCCACGCACAAGAAGCGCGUCGCCCAGCUGGUGAAGGACGGCAUCAAGUCGGGAGCGGUGCGACCGCUGCGCAGCACCAUCUUCGACAUGGACCACUGCGAGGAGGCGUUCCGCUUCAUGGCCACCGGAAAGCACAUCGGCAAGGUGGUGCUGAAGAUCAGGGACGAGGAGCAGGGCCAGAAGGUGGUCGUGCCCAGCCGACGACUGGUGGCCGCCAUUCCGCGCACCGUCCUCCACCCCCUCAAGACGUACAUCGUCACCGGCGGUCUGGGCGGCUUCGGUCUGGAGCUGGCCGCCUGGCUGGUGGAGCGUGGCGCCCGACAGCUGGUGCUCACCUCUCGCAGCGGUCCCCGUGACGCCUACCAGCGCCUGGUGGUGCAGCGACUGCAGACGGCCGGCGUGCAACACCUCAUCUCUACGGCGGACAUCUCCACGGUGGCCGGCGCCACUGAGCUGCUAAAGGAGGCGGCCAGCCUCGGCCCGGUGGGCGGCAUCUUCAACCUGGCCAUGGUGCUCAGCGACGGAUUCAUCGAAAAUCAGACGGCAGAGUCCUUCGAGAAGGUGGCCGCCAUGAAGGUGCUCGGCAACCAGAACCUGGACACUGUCAGUCGGCGACUGUGCCCCCAGCUGGACUACUUUGUGGCCUUCAGCUCGGUGAGCUGCGGUCGCGGCAAUGCCGGCCAGAGCAACUACGGCUUCGCCAACAGCUCAAUGGAGCGGGUGUGUGAGCUGCGACGGGCGGCCGGUCUACACGGCCUGGCCAUUCAGUGGGGCGCCAUCGGCGACGUGGGCGUCGUCUCGGAGAACAUGGGCGGCAAUGAUGUGGUCAUCGGCGGGACGCUGCCCCAGCGAAUUCCCUCCUGCCUCUCCGUCCUCGACCGCUUCCUCCAGUCCGCCGAGCCGGUGUGCUGCUCGCUGGUGCGCGCCAAACGCCAGACAGAGGGCGGAUCCGGGAACAAGCAAGACCUGCUGAAGUCGAUCGCCAACAUCCUGGGCAUCAAGGACUACGCCGGUCUGGCGCCCACCAGCUCCCUCUCCGAGCUGGGCAUGGACUCGCUGAUGGGCGUCGAGGUGAAGCAGACGCUGGAGCGAGACUACGAGGUGAUCCUCUCCAUGCAGGAGCUGCGAUCGCUGACCGUUGGCAACCUCAUUGAGAUCGGCGGACAGGAGGGAGGCGCUGCGGCUGCUGGCGGUGCCAAGAGCGGCUCAGAAAAUGGAGGUGCCGGCAAACUGGACGGCCUCUCCACUCUCAGCAUCGCCCUGCCCACUGAGAGCUUCACCCUGCUGAACGACGUGCCCAAGGAGGCCGGCCGCCCGGUCUUCUUCCUGCCGCCCAUCGAGGGCUCCUUCGCCCUGCUCGAGGUGGUGGCCAAGCACCUGAAGCGACCUGCCAUUGGCCUCAACUGGACGGCCGCCUUCAACGCCUUCAGCGGCGUGGAGGAGGCCAGCCAGCACUUCAUCGCCCUCAUGAAGAGCCUCUCCCCGCCGAAGGAGAGCACCUUCGACCUGGUGGGCUACUCCUUCGGCUCGCUGCUCUCCUUCGACAUGGCCGUGCAGCUGCAGCUGGCCAAGGGCAACCAGGUGAACCUGAUCUUCCUCGACGCCUCGCCCACCCACCUGGCGGUCUCCACGGAGCAGUACCGCCAGCUGGUGUCCGCCGACAACCCGGAGAGCAAGUUCGUGGAGGCGCUGAUCACCUUCCUCAUCCAGGUGGCGCCCGUCAACUACAAGCAGCUGAAGGAGGAGCUGCUGGCGCUGAAGAGCAAGGAGGAGCGGCUGGAGAAGGCCGCCCAGGUGCUGGUCAAGUUCGGCAUCGAGGCGAAACCGGAGGAGAUCGCCACCGCCGCCGAUGCCUUCAUCGCCAAGUGCCUGAUGAUGCACCAGUACCGGGUGAGCAAGAAGUUCCAGGGCGACAUUGCCCUCAUCCGCGCCGAGGAGAUGAUCAUCAAGAGUGGAACGCACCUCAAGGAGGACUACAACGUCUCAGAGCUGGUCACGGGCAAAUGCGAUCUGCACAUUCUGCCGGGCAACCACAAGUCCUUCAUCCUGAACAACGUCGAGCAGGUGGCCACCCUCCUCAACGGCAAACUCUAA